AACAACAAAACCAUGUGGGUGCAAGUUUAGAUCCUUUUUCAUUGCGUCAUGAGUCUUUUUCAUUACUUCGUGUUUCUUGAUUGAUAAUUAAGAGAGUUGGCUAUGUUAUUUCGCCAGAAAAUAUUGAAGUGUUGUAGAUAUUUUGCAACAAACUCAAAUUUUCAGAUGAUGGCUGCAACAAACAGAUCAGGAUCUACCAACAGUUGGCAAAGAAAAAACGGAUUCGAGAGGGAAAGGGUUCCUAGGCCUUUUGUUAUUGGUGUUGCAGGGGGAACUGCCUCAGGAAAAUCAUCAGUAUGUGCCAAAAUAAUGCAGCAGCUUGGCCAGGAUGAUGUUGAUCACAAACAGCGACAAGUGGUCAUCAUCAACCAAGACACGUUUUACCGCCCCCUCUCAGAGGAAGAGAACGCAAAGGCCCUAAAGGGGGAGUUCAACUUUGAUCAUCCAGAUGCCUUUGAUUAUGAUUUUAUGGUGAACACAUUAAAAGAGUUGGUUGCUGGAAAUGAAGUAAAAUUACCACAAUAUAAUUACAAGACGAAUGCAAGAGAGGAGAAGUGGCACACAGUCUAUCCUGCUGAUGUUGUUCUGUUUGAGGGCAUCUUAGUGUUUUACUUCAAAGAACUCAGAGACAUGUACCACAUGAAGCUAUUUGUUGACACAGAUCCAGACACCAGAUUGGCCAGGAGAGUACUGAGGGACACAAAGGAAAGAGGCAGAGAUAUAGAAAACAUUCUACAUCAAUACACCACUCUAGUCAAACCUGCCUUUGAAGAAUUCUGCCUCCCUACAAAGAAAUAUGCUGAUGUUAUUAUACCCAGAGGAGCUGAUAAUACAGUGGCAAUUGACUUGAUAGUACAACACAUUCAAGAACUACUUCGUCCAUCAGCAAAUAAAAUAGGCAACAAAAGACCGCGCUACAAUUCAGACUCCUUUGUUGGAAGACCACAUUAAUAUUUGUUAAUGCUUACAUGUGCAUAUGUACAUAAUAUGUUUCCAUUAUAGGUAAAUUAUGUUGGAAUUGAUAAUUUACUUUUGAUUCCUUUUCUUUCUAAAAAAAAUUGAAAACACCUCUAUCAAAAAAUUACAACAUUGAACUUUUGGGUCAAUAGAAUUUUUAGGGGGGUAGUUUUGUAGUCCAAACUUACAAAGUCAAGAAAUCAGUAAUUUUUGUCUCAUAGUUGAUUAAAAAUUUUGUAUAGGAAAGGCUUCAUUUAUAGAAAGAUUUGUCAAGCCUUUUAAUGUUAAUUUUACAAAAUUUCAUCUGCAAAAUACUCGUACUAACCAACCUAAAAAGUAUUAAAGUGGAAUAGGACUUUAUAAUAUAUGUUUCUAGCUGGGAGAUAUCGCACUAUUGUUUUAUCAUUAUCUUAUUGCAAUAAAGAAAUUAUGUUUAUAUUUUCAACAAUUUUGUUAAUGCUGUGAAUCAUAAGAAAUAAUGUUAACCUAUUAAUUACAUAUCUGUAAUGUAAGUUUGUGUUCAAGUACCAAGUGAGUACUCUGUUCUAUUUCUGGAAAGUGUUCUUUAUUAUUUCUUUUUAUUUCUUUUUAAUGAAGUUAUACUUCAGCAUUUUAGAGAUGUUUACUUUAUACCCAUGCAGAAAUUUUAAGAUCAGCAUGAUCUCUUCUCAUAAACACUUUGUAUUUGCCUUGCUUCGCUAUUUUUAUGUGUACGUUUGUAUUACCGGUUAUACAAACGUUCCGUAUACUUGACAUACAUCAGAAAAUGAAAUACCGGAACAUGUACAGUGAAAUGUACAGUUUAUUGGCAUUUUUUGUACUGUAUCAUCUUUUGAUGAUUUUGGUUGUUUUUAUAUUAGUCUAGUAUAACUUUGUUGAGGUAUACAGGGAAACAAUGAUUGGGGCUGAGACACAUACUGUUAGUUUUACUGUUCAUUAAAACAUAUGUAGAUAAGAACAUAAUUACACACUUAAAAUAAAUUGUUCAUUAAAAGAGACAGAAAUGCACCCCCUAUAGUUUCCCCAGUCAUUUACAAGAUUGUCAGUACUUUGUUCUACUCAAUAACUUUUGGUAGAUCUCCGUACAUUAUUACAGUAAUACUGGUGUGUGACCAGUUCUUGCUGAGUACUAUUUCUCACCAGUGCAUUGUUAUGUCAUUUUAUCAACACAAAAAUUUACAUGCAAAAAAUGACAUAACAAUGCACUGGUGAGAAAUGGUACUAAGCGAGAACUGUUCGCACGCCAGUAUAUCUCUAUGGCUGCAGUCUACCACUACUCUAUCCAUAUUGAUUUUCACAUCCUAAAGAAAGUAACUUUUAAAUUCUGAACAAUGAUUUUGGGCAAAAUUCUUUUUGACCAUUAUUUACAUUUUAGAAAUGAGAUCUAUCAUAGUGUUAAAUAAUGCCGAUAGAAAACUAGUGGCUUAAAGAUGGUGCCCCUUCUGCUAUGAAAGGAGCAGACUGUAAAUAUAAAUUAUAAAUACAAAUUGAAUCCUGCCAAUAUUUUGGGAGGUAUUGUGACAGGUUAUUAAAGAAUUUUAAACUUUGCAAUUGUGUUAAAUUAUGUUUUUUAAUUAAAUAGAUAAGAUUUCAAUUUUCAUGUAUUAUCAUAUUAGUAUUAAAGGUUAACAUGAUUUGAUGUAUGCAAUAAUGUUUCAUGCAUCUAGCAUGCAUGUUUUGUUCAAAAAUAGCAAGAUAGGAUAUAGUUAUCACAUAUACCAUACACAGAAACAUGCAUGUUGAUUUCUAUUAUAGUUUUGUUCAAUAUAUUUAUAUUUCUUCUUAAAUUGUUCAUGUAUACAUGUUUUUUUCCAAUGCGUUUUGUAUUUUUGACGUAUAAAUAGAAAUCUUUCAAAACAAUCUUAGAAAAAUCAGCUCAUUUAACACGUUGGAAUAUACAUACUUUGUAUACAAAUUAUUUUAUUAAUAGGAAUGUUGAAAAUGUGUGCGGAAAAUUCCACAAUUGUCCCAAUUUAAAUUGUCUUGGUCAAUCUUUCAACUGUUAUAAAGUAGAAAUAUUAUUUAUAUAGUUUUUGUGUGUGUGUCAGUCUAAGGCGAUUUUGUAUAGUGUUACUGUAUUCACCGAUAUACAUGUAUUAUCUUUUUUUUCUGUUAAAAGUACAAUAGGCUCACACUGCAUGGUUCAUUUUAUGUGGUAAUAAAAACAAGGAUUUUUUCAA